AUGGCUAAUAUGGUUGAGGCAUUGUGCCAGUGCGGUAAAAGGGUUGAAGUUGCCACCAGAAGAGCAGAGGCCAAGGCGGAAAAUGUCUGGAACCACCUGAGAACGUGCCUGAGUUUCACAGACGCAAUGAUGGCAAGGCUAAAUACCGGAACAAAGGUGCUUACUGCUGGAGGAGAAGAAAAAGUGUUUCAGCAGACAUUUGAAAGAAUGACAGGAGAAAAGCUCUUACAUUCAUAUGCUUGCUAUCUAUCAACUUCUCAUGGACCUGUGAUUGGGAUGUUGUACAUCUCCGAUAAACGAAUAGCCUUCUGCAGCGAUUUCUCUUACUAUUUGUGCCCAGAAAAUCCAACUCUCAUGCAUUACAAGUUAGGUAUUCUAGUGGACAUAAAAUUCGAAUUCUUAAGUUUGUCAUUCGUCUAA